AUGUCCUCCAAUGCACAGUCGAGUAGCGUAUCGAGUGUGGAGAGUUCCAAAUGGAGGGUGAUGCCUCCGACUAGUGGACUGACUAUUGCGUGCUGCGGAUGGAGGAUGAGCGUGAUGACCUCACUUGGCCGACUAUCACAUCCUAGCCACCUUCCGGCUAGAACAAACGGAAGAAUGACCAUCACCCAAACCAGAAGAAUGCUAAGGGCCCGGACAAGGGCAGGAAACCACAGAAUGUCCAGCCACUUCAGUAGUUUCAAGGGGUACAACAGCGUUGUGGGGCGUGCAACAAGCCCCAUGCUGCAGGCAGUGUUCUCUGGUUGGGAAGAGCUGCUAUAA